AUGACAGCUACACAAGUCCUACGCGUAAGCCGCUUUGAUCCGGCCAGCUCGACCUCCAAACAGAAGCAGAUUAUCCAAUUGGGAAAGUCUAUUGAGCAUGAAAAGCUGAGUGACAUACGAGAGCUCCUUCAGAAGAACUCUGUCUUUGACUCUAAAGACUUCAAAAGCCCAUUCUGCGAAAAGAAUGGUUCUGAUGUCAGUGAUGAUAUGAGGUUCGGGCUUUAUCUGGCCCUACUUGGGGUCAAGUCUGUCAGGGAGCCUCGCCUGGAUGUUUAUUUUAAGGCCAAGAAGAUUUUCUCCCCAUUAGACAAAGCCACCCAGGAUUCUAUUACUGAGCAGCUAGACCUCGCCUUUCAGGAAGAUCCUGAAUUAAUCAAGAAGAAUCCAGAACUGCUGACUUCCUCUUUCAAUCCAAGUGAUUGGACUGCAGUCAAAGGGGAGCUCAGCCAUGCCGCAGAUUUGACAGAGAGGGAGUGGAGUGUCAUUACCCGAACCAACUGCCUUCUCAGUGGACACCGUAUCGUAACUACACCCAAGGUGGAUGGGGAAACAGAGAAACAGGUCUUGCAAGGUAUCGAAAGAAGUCCUUACAAUGCCUUCGAAUUGAAGCCUCGAGCAUUUGAGUCUUACGAAGUGUCGUCCAUGGGUCAAGAAGACACAACCCGUGGCGAUGACGAAAAGUAUCAUUUCCGGAUACCUCGGUUUCGGGUAGAUGACGAUUCCUCGGUCACCGUUGUUGAAACCAAAACCAACUUUGAGAAGUCCAUGGCAAAGAGCUCGUUCUCUGAAACCUCCUUCCAAGUCGAAGCGAGUGCAAGCUUUUUGGGGGUAUCGGGAGGUGCCCAAGCUGGCGCAUCUACGGGCUCUACCGAUAAUUCCUCAUCCCUUGAGGCAAAAGAAGAGAGGUCACUUGUCGUUAACUAUAAUACAAAGUUUCCCCGUGUCACUCUGUACUGGGACUACAAGUCGCUUGCUGUGUCCCAGGAAUGCCUUGACGAUAUCAAGACCGUGGUAGACCCGCGUACAGCGGCAGAAUUCCAUCAGAAGUACGGCCACGUCUUCUCCAGACGUGUACAACUUGGAGGUCGUCUUUCUUCAUCCGAAAGGGUUGUCAGUACUCAAGGCAGUAAGGUCGAGGAACAAGCUGAAAAGCUGAAAGCCAGUGCAUCUGCUUCGAUCAAUUCAUCCUUUUUCCAGGCUUCAGUAAGCGCUAGUCAUGAAAAGCAAAGCAAGGAAGGUUCAAGCUCCAGCAAGAGAGAUUUUUCAAGCUCAAUGGCCUGGGAGGCUACUGGAGGCGAUACACUGCUAUGCAACAAUCCUGCCGAAUGGUGUGCUACCGUUAGUCUCCACAAUAACUGGCGGAUCGUGAAUCAAGAUGAGGUUGUGCCUUUAUACAAAUUCCUCGCCAAGUUCCCCGAAGUUGGGGAUAGUAUAAUCGACAGAUUUGAGAACAGCGUGAAGGAUAUACCGCCAUCGACUUCCCCCAAGUAUAGUUUCCAGGUCUUUCAACUGGUUAUAGGAGAUAUUUUGCCCAUAGCUGUUGAAAAUGAUGAUACCAAAAUUUUCGACACCAUCAAGGAAACCACCGGCUACUGGGCUGAGGACAAGAACACUGCCGCAGCUUCAGUGAAGUUGAGUACCAGCGCUAAGCCGUCCGAUAUCUCAACGCGCUUUGUCGUCAGUAAGGAUAUGGUAUCAGGAAAAAACGGGAACAUCCGAUAUGGUGAAGCCUUCCGCGCCAACUCACUAGGGCAUCCUAAAAACUGGACACUGUCUUCGCACAUAACUCAGCCGAAGUCUACCAGGAAGACCGAUCUUGUGUGGGCACACCUCGUGGGCGAGCAUGGGGCUAUUUGUCUUUAUAAAGAAGACGAUCCCGCGAACCGUGACUAUGUCCGCAACAAUGAUAUGGUACAUGUAUGCCUCAUCAAUAACAACGGCAUCAACCCGCAGGGGCCUCAGCUCAUAGACAACACAAAUCUGAGUGAAUAUCUGCGAGCCAAACAAAUUUGGCAUCCGAGCCAAACAGUGCCGCCCAAUUUCGACUCUGAAGGCUUUUUGUUGAGUUUCCAGCUCAAGUUUCUCGAGCCGUAUGAAGGGGAAUUCGCGCCAGGUCCAAGGUCAUGA